AUGGGUCCCCCGAGCGAUGACGUCCUGACCAAGGUGUCUACCGAUGCUGCCACCGAGUUUGUCCAAUCGUUCUACCCCGCGCUCCAGAAAAACCGCGCCGCGAUAGCUUCAUUCUACAGCCAACCCACCUCUACGAUUCUCUUCAACGGUAACGUUGUUGCCGAUGGAAACGCCGUUCAAGAUAUUUUCGUCAAUCAGAUGCCUCCGACACACUAUGAAGUCCAGUCCUUCGAUUGCCAAAUCAUCAACCAGGCAUACCCCACCCCCACUCCGACUGGAACGAAAGCCCCGAAUGAGACAACGGUCAAGGAUAUGUCGAUACUGGUUAUUGCCAGCGGAUACGUGCGAUUUGGCGAGUCGAGAGAUCUGCCGCAGCGAGGUUUCAGCGAAACGUUUGUUCUUGUGCCGAAUCCGGCCGCGGAGGGUGGAAAGGGGAAGCAAGUGAAGGAGUGGCUUAUUUAUACCCAAAACUUCCGUCUCGUUGUCUGA